GAAGUCGGCCACGCUGCGGGUGCGCGUCGCGCCUGCGUGGCGCCCGCGCCCACGUCCACGUCCACCUCCGCCGGGGUACCGCGGUGGAGGUUCCCAGUGCGACGCCGAGCGCGGGUGCUGCGGGCCCUGAGGAGAAUGGCUUUGUGCACAUGCUUGUCACAGCAGUCGAAGUGGCUCGUCGCUCCUGUCCAAGGGAAGGCGGGAUGAGGGCCAGGAACCUUCUGGAAUUUGGCCAUGGCGUGGGCGUCGAGUUUAUGGGAGAAGACCCGGUAUCCCAGAGUGUGGCCCAGUCAUGGCCUCAAUUCGGGAGCGCGGAGACCUCCAGGUCCUGCGGCCAGUGAUGAGUCCUCCUCUUCAUCUAGAAAAGUGGCAGUGUUCAAGAAGUUAAAACUUCUUCUCUGGAAGAAUUUCAUCUUAAAGAAGCGGAAGACUCUGGUAACAAUCCUUGAAAUCUUGAUGCCAUUACUGUUUUCUGCAGUUGUGUUGUAUCUUCGUUUCAAUAGUGUGCCAAGAAAAAGAUCUUCUGGUUACUAUCGUGCAUUUGAUAUCAGUUUACUGCCAGAAUUCUUCUAUCAUUUUCCUUUGAAAAAUAGAUUUCAACUGGUUUAUAUCCCUUCCAAAAGUGAAACUUUGAAGGCUGUCACUGGAAUGGUGGAACAAAGCUUUGAUGUUGAGUUUGAAGUUUUAGGCUACUCUUCGGUAACUUUGUUUGAAAAUGACAUAAUUAAUGAUCCCAAAGCUUUCUACGUAUUGGCAGGAAUUGUUUUUGACUAUAACUUCAAUGACAGCAAUGCACCGUUGCCACUUGCGGUUAAGUAUGAAUUGCGCUUUAGUUACAUUCAGAGGAAUUAUUUAUCAUUGAAGCAUAUAUUUUCUGAAGAUGAUCUAGAGGGCUGGUGCACAUCCUUCCUUUAUCCUCCUAACCCAAGCCAAGGACCCCGGGAAUUUGCAUCUACGGACGGGGGAAACCCUGGAUACCACAAAGAGGGCUUCCUGGCCAUACAGCAUGCUGUGGAUAAAGCCAUCAUGUGGUACCAUGCUCGCAAUGCAUCGACCGACAUGUUUGAGAGUCUCAGUGUGCUUAUGAAGAGAUUCCCGUAUGGAGCCUAUGUUCAGGACAGGUUCUUCCUCGUCCUGCAGAACGAGUUCCCUCUGCUUCUCAUGCUCAGUUUCAUCUGCAUCGAGCUCAACAUCAUCAACUCCAUUGGACUGGAGAAAGAGAAGAGACUGAAGGAGUACAUGUGCAUGAUGGGACUGGAAAGCUGGCUACACUGGGUUGCUUGGUUCAUCGUGUUCUUGAUUUCUGUCUUCAUUGCUGUUUCUUUCAUGACCAUUCUCUUCUGCAUGAAGGUGGAAAAUGAGGCAGUAUUCAAGAACAGUGACCCUAGUUUGAUAUUUAUUUUUCUGAUGUGUUUUGCCAUUGCCACAAUUUUCUUUGCCUUCAUGAUCAGCACAUUCUUCCAAAGAGCCCAUGCUGGAACUGCCUUAGGAGGCAUCAUCUUCUUCUUCACCUACCUCCCAUACCUGUACCUCACUUUCAGCUAUACCCAGAGAAGCUACUUGCAAAAGAUUGUCUCUUGCCUCUUUUCGAAUGUUGCCAUGGCAAUGGGAGUCCGACUCAUCUCCAUGUUUGAGUCACAAGGCACAGGCAUCCAGUGGAGGAACAUGGGCGGUGUGAGUGGAGAGCUGAGCUUCACUCAGGUGCUGCUGAUGCUGCUGCUGGACUCUUUCUUAUACUGCUUAGUGGCCUGGUAUGUGGAGUCCAUCUUCCCAGGAAAGUACGGUACACCCAAGCCCUGGUACUUCUUUGUUCUGCCCUCCUACUGGCAUGGAAAACCUAUACCUGCUACACAGUCAUGGCUGGACAUGAGGGAUCCUGUAAAAGCUCUGAAAAGUGAGUUAUUUCAGGAAGAGCCUACCGAUUUGAUUAAAGGAAUUGAAAUUCAGCAUCUACGCAAGGUGUUUCACAGAGGAAAGGCUACACACAUAGCAGUCAAAGAUCUCACCAUGAAUCUAUACAGAGGACAGAUCACUGUUCUUCUGGGACACAAUGGAUCAGGAAAAACCUCCACCUGCUUCAUGCUCACAGGUCUCAUUACACCUUCAAGUGGACGGGCGUAUGUCAAUGGAUAUGAAAUUUCACAAGACAUGUUUCACAUUAGGAAGAGCCUGGGCUGGUGCCCUCAACAUGAUAUCUUAUUUGAAAACUUCACGGUAGCAGAACAUCUUUCUUUCUAUGCUCAGCUGAAAGGCUUGUCACGCCAGAAGUGCCCUGAGGAAGUGAAGCAGAUGCUGCACAUCCUCAGUCUGGAGGACAAGUGGGACUCCCGGAGCCGAUACCUAAGCGGGGGCAUGAAGCGCAAGCUCUCCAUCGGCAUCGCCCUCAUAGCGGGCUCCAAGGUGUUGAUACUGGAUGAGCCCACCUCAGGCAUGGAUGCCAUCUCCAGGAGGGCCAUCUGGGACCUUCUUCAGCAGCAGAAAAGUGACCGCACCAUCCUGCUGACCACCCACUUCAUGGACGAGGCCGACCUGCUGGGGGACCGCAUCGCCAUCAUGGCCAAGGGGGAGCUGCGGUGCUGUGGGUCGUCCCUGUUCCUCAAGCAGAAAUACGGUGCAGGAUAUUACAUGACUUUACUGAAAAAACCUCAUUGUAACACAGAGAAGAUUUAUGAUCUGAUUUAUCAUCACAUACCAAAGGCCACUUUGGAGUCCAACAUCGGAGAAGAAUUAACAUUUAUACUUCCCAAAGAGAGUGUGCACAGGUUUGAAUCUCUCUUUACUGACUUGGAACUGAGGCAGACAGAGCUGGGUAUCACCAGCUUUGGGGCCUCUGUCACCACCAUGGAGGAUGUCUUCCUCCGGGUUUGUAUGUUGGCGGAUGCCUGUAGAGCUUUCCCAAAGAGGAAGCGUCCCUCUCUCCGUCCCCAGCCCCGGCUUGACAGGGUUCCUGUUGACAGAAUUAGACAUCUUCAUUCAAGCAUCUACUCAGUACAUACUGGGAUGCCAAUCAGACCAAACACUGGGUUCAGUCUUCUCUGCCAACAAUUCUAUGCCAUGCUCCUGAAAAAGGUUUCAUAUUCUUGGCGCAACUGGAUGUUGAUGUUGUCGAUACAGAUCCUCGUUCCUCUGGUGGUCGUCAUGUUAAGCCUCAUAUUCUUCAACUUCAAAACAAGAAGCAUGAAAAAUGUCCCAUUAGAGCUUACUCUAAAAACAUACGGUCAGACUGUUGUUCCAUUCUUUAUUUCUCAGAAUUCCAGCCUGGGUCCUCAACUUUCAGAGCGCUUUGCGAGUAUGCUCAUGGCUGAGGGACAGAUUCCUCUGGAAGUCCGGGGUUCUAUGGAUACAUUCCUAUUGAAUAAGGCAAAAGAGGAGCCUGAGGCAUUUAAUAAGCUUUACAUAGUGGCAGCUUCCUUUGAAGACAUGGGAAACCACACUGUGGUGACAGCGUUGUUCAACAACCAGGCAUACCAUUCCCCGGCCCUGGCUCUGGCUUUGGUGGACAAUUUCCUCUUCAAGUUGCUUUCUGGUGCCAGGGCUUCCAUCACCGUGUCCAAUCAUCCUCAGCCUCAGACCGCCACAGAAGUCUCGGAGAGUAUCUUGUAUCAGGGUCCUAAAGGACAUUACCUUGUUAUCAACUUGCUUUUUGGAUUAGCUUUCCUGUCUAGCUCUUUUUCCAUCUUGACUGUCAGAGAGAGGCGCAUUAAGGCCAAGCACAUCCAGUUCCUCAGUGGAGUUUACGUGGCUACUUUCUGGCUCUCUGCUCUGCUGUGGGACCUCAUCUCCUUCCUGGUCCCCAGUCUGCUGCUGGCGGGGGUGUUUUUCUACUACAAGGAGGAAGCUUUCACACACAACGGAAACGUCUUGGCUGUCAUCUUGAUGUUAAUGCUCUAUGGCUCAGCCAUCAUCCCAUGCAUCUACCUGGUCAGCUUCUCCUUUGAAAGUGCCGGCAAUGCGUGUGUCAAGCUUGUCGUGAUGCUCACCUUCUUGAGCAUCUGCCCCUUUGUUCUCGUCUCCGUCACAGGGGAGCAAGAGCUAGGCUACACAACAGUCUCAAAAUCCUUGGAUCAAAUGUUCCUGAUACUUCCAGGCCACUGCCUGGCAAUGGCUUUCUCCAACUUAUAUUACAACUUUGAGCUACAGAAGUUUUGCAGGUCCAAGAACAUGACUCAGACUGAGUGUAAUGAAGUUUCAGAAGGAUAUGUGGUCCAAAAGAACAUCUAUGCCUGGGAGUCUCUAGGGAUGGGGAAGUACCUAGCAGCCCUGGCUGUCUCAGGACCCCUGUAUAUGAUCCUGCUUUUCUUUGUUGAAACCAAUACGUUCUGGAAACUGAAAACCAGGUUUGCUGACUUCUGGACGAAACAAAAGUUGGCAACAUGCAAAGUAGCGCUAGUGCCUGAAGACCAAGAUGUGGCAAAGGAGGCAAAGAUGAUCCAGACUAAUCUAGGACAGUUGUGUGAGAAAAAUCCACUAGUUGUCAAAGAAAUGUCAAAGAUCUAUGUCAAGAAGGUGGCCCUGCUGGCUGUGAACAAGGUAUCCUUCACCGUUCAAGCACAAGAAUGCUUUGGCCUUCUUGGCCUCAAUGGAGCUGGGAAGUCUUCCAUUUUCACAAUGCUGACGGGGGAGAAGCCCAUAACCUCUGGGGAUGCCUUUAUCAAGGGCCUGAGCAUCAGCUCUGAUGUAGGGAAGGUGCGGAAGUGGAUCGGUUACUGUCCUCAGUUUGAUGCUCUGCUGAACUUCAUGACAGGCCGUGAGAUGUUGGUCAUGUAUGCCAGGAUCCGGGGCAUCCCCGAGCGCCACAUUAGUGUUUGUGUGGACCAGAUUGUUGAUGAUUUAGCCAUGGACACGUACGCUGAUGAGCUGGUAAAGACCUACAGUGGUGGAAACAAGCGGAAGCUGAGCGCCAGCAUCGCCCUGAUAGGAGAGCCCGCGCUCAUCUUCCUGGACGAGCCGUCCACCGGCAUGGACCCCGUGGCCCGGCGCCUGUUCUGGAAUGCCGUGGGCUGGGUCCGCGAGUCUGGCAAGGCCAUCAUCAUCACUUCCCACAGCAUGGAGGAGUGCGAAGCCUUGUGCACCCGGCUGGCCAUCAUGGUGCAGGGCCAUUUCAAGUGCCUGGGCAGCCCCCAGCACCUCAAGAGCAAGUUCGGCAGUGGCUACUCCCUGCGGGCCAAGGUGCGGAGCGAAGGGCAGCAGGAGGCGCUGCAGGAGUUCAAGGCGUUCGUGGACCUGACCUUCUCAGGCAGUGUACUGGAGGAUGAGCAUCAGGGGAUGGUCCAAUAUCACCUGCCGGGCCAUAACCUUACCUGGGCAAAGGUGUUUGGCAUUCUGGAGCAAGCCAAGAAGAAGUACAUGUUGGAGGACUACUCAGUCAGCCAGGUCUCUCUGGAGGACAUCUUCCUGAGCUUCGCCAACCCCGUGCCCCUUGUCAAAGGAGAAGACCAACAAGAGCAAGCAGAGUGAGCAGGCCUCUCAUCACCCUCCCUGCCUCCCUCCUGCCCUCCCUCACUGCCUCCCUCAGAGCCUGUCCUGCUAUAAUAAAGAUAUCCUAAUGCCAGGUUA